AUGGGCAACGUGCCAGGCGUGAAGGAAGUGGAUGGCAAGCUUGUCGCUACAGCCCGAGAUAUUGAACCACCCACCGGAUGGACUACUGAUUUUGAAACGCUCGGUGGGGAGGAGGUGUGGGGAAGUCGGGGCACAAUCUACGGAGUGCUCGGAAUGGCGGGCAUCAACGCCGUAGCAAAGCCCCUUUACGUGCCAGAGCCGUAUACUGGUGCGAGUAUCGUGAUUAUGGAAGCGGGCUCGCCGGCAACCUUCUACCUCUACAACCCUCUCGAUGAUUCCCUAUUUCAAAUCACCGAGCCUAGUGACUUGGCCAAGAUCGUGGAACAGAUCGACGACGAGGAUAAAGGAAUCAAAAGCCUGGAAACCCAGCAAAUACUAUAG